ACUCUACGUUAUUUCUCACUUGCAAUAGGUUUUUGUCAUGGUGAAAUUGUGUCAGUCCAUUAUAGCGCUUCUGGAGUGGUUUCUAGUCACAACUUCACAAAAGACUUUUUUGUGAAAGAUCAGAGAGAUUGUGAGCCAUGUAACACUCUUUCUGUUGAUGUGAAGAAUGGAGUAAGUAAAUAUUAUCCGUUUUCAAAACUGUGACCUUUUGUUCUAUUAUAGUUCAAGCAUUUCUCCCAUCAUUCCCAUCCACUAAUUGCUAGAAUUUUUUCUCUCACUAUUUAGUUUUGGAAAAUGUUUGACUUUUUUGUCCAAUUAAACCUGUUCGGAGAUUCAACCUUACUAAAUAAGACUUCAGAGGGCGUUUUCUUCAGGUAGGAAGAAAAAAAAAGAUUAUUGCAACGCACUGGUUUUUAUUAUUAUUUCUCUUCAGUUGUUGUCUAGUCGAUUUCUUGUUUUUGGGUUUGUUUUUUUCCUUCCUUGUCGAAAAUCUUUCAUGCCUAAUACCUCUAAAGCUCGAUAAGAAAAGGCACCGCACUACGUCUCGACUUUGGAAGUCCACAGCCCUUGGUAACCCGUGUAUCUUCACAGAACAGUAAAUGCCGCCUUAACGCUCGAAAUAAUUUUAAUAAAUGUAUUUGCUGAUAGCGAUUCUAUAUGCCUUUAAAAAAUGCUAUCCGAUUCCUAUUAUACAAGAGUUUAUAAACCAUGUUGCUUGUUCCUGAGUUCUCCAUACAAAUAUCGCCUAAACAGCCUCCGUUUAACGUCCUUUAGAAAUAUGACGUCACAACUUUGCCUGUUCACCUUAAUAGCGCGAGGAAUCACACUAAUGGUUUUAGUGAUCAGUAAGUGAUGGAUUCCCGAGUGACUUCACUCCCCUCUGUGUUUAGAGUAUGCCUCUGAGUCACCUAAUGGUUUGUAUACACUAAAAUACUUAGACGACAAUCUUCGAGUUUACCACCUGUGAUCUAAGUUAAUUUUUUUUGCGUUCGUAAACCUUCUUUUGAUCUUACAUCGUUCUUCAGACCUCCAUCAGUUGGUGGACCAGUUAUCAACGCCACAGAAGCAGCUGAAUUUCCCCCUGACGCAGAAAAAGAGGAAAUGUAAGCCAUGUCUACCUCAUGAUGAGUACAUUAGAAAUUCUCUCGCUCAAACGAUCCAUAUAUUUUUUAUUGUAGUGGCGUGUUCUUCAUCAUGGUGAUGCGACUGGAUGUAAACAUGACAAACUCGUCCAAAGAUUUUCUUGUACUUAAAGAACGAAUACAAAAUGCCUGUUGGCAGUACCUCAGAAUGGUGGUGCAUUUCCAACUGUUUCCCACAGUUUGGCUAAACAAAACAGGUUUCGUUUUCCAGGUGAGGACAUUAUCUAUAUCAUUCUUCAAUGGAUGUAUUUGACUGUAAAAUCAACGGUAAAAUACAACGUUUCGACCUAACUUCGGCAGUCAAAUGUAAGAUCAUAAGAAGGCAGUCAAAUUUGUUCGUGCGCCUCUUUAAAACACUAAAAUUCUUCGUUGAUGCAGAUGACGCCGCCAUCUGCACCAACAUGUUCAAGAACACAGAAGCUCGACUUCAUCCAUUGGCAAGCAUUUUCGUGACAAGCAUUCUUUGGCCCCAGGGGAUCUAACGAAGAAUUUUAGUGUUUUAAAGAAGUGCACGAACAAAUUAGACUGCCUACUUUAUGAAGUGUUUUUUAUUCAAGAACUGAGACCCGCUCUCAAUGUGCAGUCGGACUCAAUUCGUGCAAAGGUUUUUAAUUAGGUUUUUAAUUUUAUUUUUUUUUAAUUAGCUUCUAAUUAUUUCUUCGCCUUGUAUGUUCUUAUUGUCCGUUUACACUUUCAAAAUUUUUUUACACUUCUUACACACCUAGAGAUAUAUUCAUCAUUACAUUCUUACCAUGCACUCACUUGAAAAUGACCGAAGUUAGGUCGAAACGUCGUAUUUUACCGUUGAUUUUUACCGUCAAAAGUUUCAUCCAAUCGCUAUUGAUCGAUAGAUGUACUUCUUAUAUAACGUUCACCGAUGACAUUUUAUCUUUGUUUAGAGCAUUCUGAAGGGCAUCUAUUUCGGCAAGGCACAGUCUUAAAAUUCUUGACAAGAAAAACUUGUGCCUGUUGGCAGUACCUUAGAGGGGUAGCUCAUUUCCAACUGUAUCCCACACUUUUGUUAAACCAAACGAAUUUUCAAUUCGGGUUAAGGUUCGUGAUCGCCAUCGUAAAACAAAAGUGAUAUCUAAAUAAGGAAUUUAAUGUAGUCGUGACUAUGUAAGGCUAUCAUGUGCUAGGCAACUUGAGGAUAUUGGCCGAGCACCUUAAAAGAAAUUUUAAAAAAAUAUAUGCUUCGAAGGACGUAAAACAAAAUACAAUCAAAGUAAAGAGAAAUAAUUAGUCCUUUCCAAAUGCUGCGAAUUGAAAAUACUUUGUGAAACAAAGCUUGAAAUGCAUAUGCUUCAAGUAUUAUUUUGAAUUAUGAAAUACAUAAGUUAGUAAAAAGGUAAAGAUUAAUUUCUAAGGUGUGGCGUCAUUAUUCGAGAUAUUUCGCUGAAAUUAGGACGUUUAUAAUCAUCCAAGUAUUAAUGAUCAGUUCGUGCACUUUUUAAAUCAUCUACGCUUUGUCAAGGAUUGAUAAUGUGAUCUUUUAUAUUCCCAGGAAAUUCCCGAAAGCCAACUCUCUGGCUACUUGAAGCUUUUGAGGACCAAUAAUAACAACAACAAUAAUAAUAAUAAUAAUAAUAAUAAUAAUAAUAAUAAUAAUAAUAACAACUGUGGGAACAAUUCAAGUUACACCGCUGUCCUGUCUUCUAUGGUCAAAUACGUUUCGUUUAUUUUUUCGACGGCUUUUACUAUUUUGAUGGCAGACUAGAAUUCUCGGCUAUUUCCACAUAAAAUUAAGAAUGCGAAAUCCACCUCAAAGCUAGCAGUAGUUAUUUUGUGAUAGCAGAGAUAAUUUCAAAAUUCAAAAAUUGGAAGCCCCUCGAAAAUUAACGGGCUUCUGUGUGUAGCCAAAUACUGGGUAUUAAUAAAAUUAUCCCAUGCCCAAAUUAUAAAUAGGUUUGAAUACACACUGUAACACUGUCAGUUUGGCCAAAACACAUGUGAUAUAGUUUGAAAAAAGCUUAAUAAAAAGUCGAUUGCCGACUCUGACUUUUCAGCCUCUUUUCACGACGAACCUUUGAAAGCUGUUCAGCACGAACAUAGCAAGGUUACCGUAGUUUGUUUCGAUGCAAAUUUCUUUAGAUCUUACAGCGUUUUCUUCAUGGUGUUCCCGCUCUCUUGUCGUUCAUUUACAUUUCGUCGCCUACCACAACAAAUCUUGCGGCUGUCAUCAUGGCAAACAACAAACAAAUCAAGCUGAUUCAGCAAAGUUUGAAAAGGCGGGAAUCGUGACGUUGUUCAGUGCCUAAUGUGACCACUCGUGUUACAUACGAAAAAUAUGCCACUCGGUUGCCGGAUUAAAUGGUCGUGUUGGUUCUACAAUUGCUUCUGUUCCCUGUAAAAUACUUCCCCCCACAUAAUAAUGUAAGUUAGGAACCUAAUUUUCCUGCUCAAAUUUAUGGCCUAAGCGCUUCGUGCUUGGGCCGUAGGCCAAAACGGAAAAACUUCGUCCGGCACCUUGCAUUGCGCACCUCGGACUCGGUUCUUAAGAUGUAUGGGAUCAAUAUCAGUAUCUGGGCAAUUGCCCACCUACCCCUCCCCUAACCUAACAUUAACCUUGACUUGUUGUCAAUUGACAACAAGUCAAGGUUAAUGUUGGAUUAGGGGAGGGGUAGGUGGGCAGUUGCCCAGAUACUGAUGUUGAUCCGAUGUAUGUAUAUCACGAAAAUGAAAUUGAUACGCUAAAAGACCUUAUACACAUGACAUUAGCCCUAAAUAUGCCUAAGUAAUCAAUAAACGACCGCAAGCAUCUUACAGCUUUUAAAAAAAAGAUUGAAUCGAACUAUUGUCACAGCUAGAGUGCACACUAGACUGCACAAUCACGGAAAGCUUACUUGGCCAAUCGCAUAUUGGGAAUCUUUGAGGUUUUGACAGUCAAACAACGGAAUUUUGGGUCACCUGCUUACAUAUGUCGUAAUUGCUACGGAAUAUUUUUUCUCCAAUUUGCUUGCCUUAAAUCUAUUAUUUCGAUCACGUUCAGUUACGGCUAAAACAAUUUUUUACUGAAUUUGAACCAAGAAAUUUAUUUGGAAAAUUAUCUCUCCUACUUACGUUGUGAUGUAUAUGGAAAAAAUGUAAGAAACUGUAUUCCACUUGGUGUUUUUCUGAAAAGGUAAGUGGUUUCAGUUUUUACAGCUGUCUUUCUGUACGGCCCUAGUUUAAAAUUUAGUUGUUUGACUUGCAACGUAGUGUUUUUUCAUUCUUCCAGGGCGAUUUUCACAAUUGCUUGUGGUUAAAGAAUCUUAUACAGGGGAUAUUUGAAUUGAAGCCUUUUUUGAUAGGGGAAACUUUUAUAUAACGCAGUGAAGGGGGAAUUAGUAGUGAGGAUGCUAGAACACUAAAGUGAUAAUGAGUGCAGUGAUUAUGUUCUCACGGCCACUGCCAGUUACGGCGCCAUAGGAGGGACUAUAAAAUUAAAACAGAAGUACUGAAGAAAUAGUGCUAUGUAUUUGAACAGUUAUUUCUUUUUGUAUCUAUCAUAUUGUAUCUAAGUUCCUGAUAUUCUUGACAUCACUUCAGUAGUUCGUAUCAAAUUCAGCUGAACGUACACAAAUACAUCAUCGAUGAAAAAAGGUAAUGAAAUAUUUCAGAACUUAUUCAAGUCACGUUUUAGUUUAAAGACAGGCACGCAACUGAUCUCUGGUUUAAGUUUAAACAAAAGAACUAAAUAAUCGUUCGAGAGUCUGAUCUAGCAAUUGAAAUAGAAGCUUUUGAUCUUGAUAUUCAGCUUGAAUACAGCUAUCUCUGAGCUUUAAAUGAAUUAAACACUGGCCCAAAGUAUGGUAUUUUGUUGUCACGGUGUGAGCAAUGCAGGGAAACAUGUGGGAUGCUUUCUUUUUUUUGAAAAGAAGAACACUCCUAAGAUAUACAAUAGUAAAGGUUGAAAUUAUUUGUCUAUUACCCUCCACCCCCUAAAAACAGUCUGAAGCAAAUUGAAAUGAGCUUGAUCAACUGUUGCUUUCCCAGAGUUUACCAGUGAAACAUGAAUCUCAUUUGUAAAGCUCCCAUUACUUUUUUUAGUUUAUUGAUUUAGCAUUCAAAAUCAACAGUAUGGCGGGAUUUGACUUCUUUAGCUUUCAACGUCAAACACCAACGUAAGUCAACGUUAAAUACCUUUAGUUGCACGCAAUAACUGAUAAUCUAUCAAAUGCAAGACGUUUUUCCUCGCUCAUUGUAAUGCGAAGUAUGAACCUGUUUUAUUCAAUGCCAUAUCACAGAUACAUCCAUGUAGUUCUUUCGUCUAUCCCCACCAAAUUGCAAAACAGCAUUCAAGAACUUUAGAAUUUUGAAUGAAUACCCACAAAGACGUGGGAAAAGCUGAGAACUUCAGCAUCUCGUUAGAUGAAGCCCACAAUGACAUUGUCAAAAAUUCAAUUUUUUCUACUUUGUGACUUUAUCUUUAGUUCAAGAAAGCCCGUUUGAUGUAGCCUUAAUGAUGGGUGCCAGGUUGAAGUCUUCUUCCCAGCAGCACCUUCAUUCUCAUUUCACUGAAGCGUACCUUUUAUGCUAAAAUUCUCCAUUGUGAUCGUUUCUAAGUAAAACAUACCGCAGUUGGACACCUUCCUACGUGCCCAAUCUCUCUUACACGGGCCGUAUCCACUCCUCGAUUACCUGCCAUUAAAUGGGUUCGUUUCGAAAAUAAAACGUCGUGCCAAGGUCCUUAUGAGUAAAAUAAAGGCAAUUUAUUUGUGAUUGGAUCUCGUUAACACAAUUCAGAGAUAAUCGAGCCCAGAAUUUCCACAAUGGCAUUGCUAAAUAACAAGUGCCACCACGCAAAAACGCCAUCAGUAUCUACUAAUUAUGAAUCACUAACUCCAACUUUAAAUAAACGCCCUUUUUACGACUGAAUGCUUGAUUUCGAAUACAGUGAUAUUCAUUCCACUGAGAGAGAACUUAUUCUGGUUGAUAUCUUGUAAUGAUGAAAAAAUCUCUAAGUUACUUAAUGUUUAAUUCAGGAGACUCAGAAGAUUUUGAAGGGCUUAAAAUAUCCCAGAAUACUUCAAAACCGAAGUACUAACUUGUUGCUGAAAGACUAUUUAGAACUAUGUCUGAUUGCUCAGUUCAUGUGUUAUGAUGGUUCAGCACAGCAUAGAAGGAAUUCUGGAGUCAUCUUGGACUCAAGCAUUUUCAAUCAAGUUCUCCCUAACUGACAAAAAUAAUGCGCGCGCAAUGAAGGAAUGUCGCUCGAUCAGUGACUUAAUGUUGACAAUGCUAAAAAUCUGAGAUUUUAAAAAAGUAAGCAAAUCUUGAGACACUUUCACCUGUCGUAGCGUCAGUUCAAAAUUAUUAUGCGAAAUUCGAAUUUUCACACCUUGUUCUUCAACGUCGCAAACAAGAUACAAAUUACAAAAGAACCUAUAUCUGAUGCUUUCCUUAAUGAACAUUUUACUGAGAACGUCAAUUUUAUAAUUUAGACUAGAUAAUGGGGGUAUUUCUUCAGUUAUUUUGUCUUUUUAGAGGCAAUGUCGCUUCUCGCGUUAUAUUAUAUUAUGUUGCUAUAUGUAGAGUUUGUUUUUUAGGUUGAAAGUUCUUUUAAUUUUCAUUUGUGUAAGCCAGGUGAGUAAAGAAAGCGACAGAUGUCAAUUACUGUGUUGUACCUGCCUCUGGUCAGUAAUUGCGGUAGUUUACCUUUCAAACGUCCUCUCUAUCUACCACUACGAUUCGGGUCGGCGUUUUUUUUUAUUAAUUAAAUUGAUUCUGAUCGACUAAAAUUUUAAAAAAUUCAUCGUUAACGUUUACCCUUUUGCCGAGAAUCAGUGCGGAGGAAACAAAUUUUAAUUGCAAGGUAACAUUGAUUGUUUUGGCGUUAUUCGAUUUUUUUUUAAAUAAUCUACGCGACUUAUUGUUGGUUUUUUUUUUCUCCUAAGGAUGGCGUAAGGAUGAUUUAAUACAUGUCUAUUAAAACAAUGUUUAAUGAAGCGUAGUAAACUAAGAACUACAAAGCAUUUGGUUUUAAACUUUCACUUAAAGAGCUUUAAACUGAAACAGAAAUAUUGCGCUCUCAAUGUUCAGCGUAAACGGGCGAUUAAUGUUGACAUUGAACAAGUCAUUAAUUCCUUCCGUCAGUAAUGAACCUAAAUUGCAAAAAAAGCAGCUUAGUUCGAACGAUACCAAGAGUUCUUUCUUGAAAAAAGAGGAAUGCUUUUCCUUGAAAAUUCCAUAAAAGAUAUUCUGUAAAAGAGAUCACAAUUUAUCUCAGCGAAGCUUUAAGAGUUAAGUAAGUGUAAUGCAUUUACAGAGGGAAACUCGCUUUAAUACUCGUGUAUUACUCAAGGUCUAUUAUAAGUUUUAUAAGUUGAAUUGUAACCAGAGUUUGAUAUCCAUUGUAGCUAUGCUUCGUACCUUUGGGGAAAAAGGAAUUUAAAAUUAAGAAAAAUUUGAUUCUAUAUGCCUUACUUUAUAAAAAAAAUCGCUUAUUUAUUUAAAAUGACUCAAUAUUUUCGAAGCCUGGUCGAGUGGCUUGCAAAGGUUAUAACUUGAUAGAUUUAUGAGGUUUCAUUUAGGUAAGUGUGCACCGCUUCAAUUAAUUGUCCACUAAGGGAUUCUGGCAGCAAAAUGAGAGACUUAUCAACACUGAAUUUCCAUGAUUUAAAUACAUGAUUUAAUUUUCAUCGUUUGCAACAUGAACGGUUUACAGUAGCUGAUGAUCCAGGUAAAGCUAUGAAAAGGAAUAGAUCUUUAUUCUCAUUUCAAAACAGUUAGUCAUUUUGAAUUGCACUGAAUUCUCUUGGGAAAUAGCUCAACUUUCUCUCCUUCUCCGGUCAAGUCUCUCGAGAGUCAUCUCGCCCGAAGUCAUGUCGCUCGAAACCUGAGUCAUGUUGCCCGAAAUUUUAGUUAUGUCGCCUGAAAAAAAAAGUCAAGUCGCCUGAUGAAACAAAUGCUAAAAACAUAAGAAUUUCAGACUGUUAAUAGGCAAUAACGUUGAAAAAAUUUUAAUCACUAACGCGCUCUUUGUUUCCGACAACACCAUGAAGAUUCUUAAAGCGUUAUUCGUUCCUAAUAACAAAGGGAAACGUUGUUCGUUUCCAACAACAAAAUGAGGCGUUUUUCGUUUGGUAUGUAACCGUUUCUUACUCACGGACGUUUCGUAAGCUUGAGAAACUCUUUCUUGGUUUCUAACAAUACCAUGAAGACUUUAACUACACAGGAAUCGAUUGUAUGGUCAGAAUUGAAAUAUGUUUGAGUAACAACUCUAAAAGUGUUGUUCGUUUCCAACAACAGAGGGAAGCGUUGUUCGUUUCUAUAACAACAAAUGGACGGAUACAGCGUAACUUAACAAAUAGAGAAGCCUUGACUGUGCUCUGUUCUGUUGUAAAGCACGCAGGAAGCGGCUAGAGCACGAAAGAAGUGUAGGGGGAAACACGAGACGUAGUCGAGUGUUUCUCCAUACUUCUUGAGUGCUCUAGCCGCUUCCUGCGUGCUUUACAACAGAACAGAGCACAGUCAAGGCUUCUCUAUUUGUUUUAUAAUAAAGAAUCCGUUAAAUUCCCCAAGAAUUACUUUCAAUUUUCAAAACAAAUCUUAUUCCCAAAGCGAACAACAGUGUCGUCAGCAUGCUCUAUACUCUCAUAAAGCACGCUACAAUAAGCCAAUUAGAAUUCCUGUUAGAAUGUUUCAAAUAAUCUGAUUGGCUGUACAAGACUAAAGCUGUCAAAAGUGUCAAACCAUCAAAGUUCAAAAACCAUCAAAGUUCAUAUUCUGCAAUGGUUUACAAACUAAAAUAGCUCGGCGUGUCGAAUUUAACACUUUUGCCUGAAGUUUUUUAGUUUCUAAUACAGGAUCUGAAAGUGAAAUGUUCAGUGAAAUUCGGCCCAAUCGUGGCUCACAAAAAAAUACGCAAGUUAUUUCACAUAACAAAUAGAAAACAAACUGUUCAAGGCGAGUGUAUUACGAAUGAACAACAGCCGAAUUCACUAAGACAAGAAGAUCGCUCGGAGUGACAACGCCGUAAAACUCGGUUGCAGUGACUGAUCUGGCCUUCCACCGACUCAACGCACCGGAAAGGUAAUCAGGGCAAGCUCUUAUUUUUUCACUCGAAGGGUAGUCGAUUUAGUUCCUGAGGCUUGCUCCACUGCGAUGACCGAAGAUCGCCAUGAUUAGCUAGCCGCGAUAGACCUUAAGUCGCUCUGACACCGUCAUGAUUAGUAUGAAUUUUAACAGUUAUGCCAGGUUAUAUUUUUCAUAAUUCCUGUUUUUUUCUAUUUGAAAUCGAAACUUUAUAUACUAUACAAGUGUUAGCUGUGUUUGAUUUUUAUUACCGUACGUAAACUCGCAAUCUAACUGAGCGUGAAAACCGUUAAAAAAACUCGGACUGUCUAUCUUGUUUUAUCUUUGAGGAUUUUUGUCUCUGCUCACGUUACAGUAACGUAAAUUACUGCGCCUGGCAUUUUUGCAAACCUUUGCUCGCUUGUUCCGAAAUUUCACUUUUAUUAACGAAAGAAAAGCUAGAAAGAAGUCCCGGAAAAGGUCGGACAUAGUACGAUUUGGCAGAUGGCGUGACAGCUUUAGCUCAGUUCUAUGCUCUAUACUCUCAUAGAGCACGCUCACAAUAGUAGUCUGAUAGCAUCAUUUCCCUUAGGAUUAGAAUAGGCAUAAAUUAUAUAGUUGUGCUCUGUUUCCUCUGGCGGUCGCAUGUAUAUUUCGAUCCGAUCAAAGUAUAUAUGAAUAGGGUAAAGCUAGCUACAAUACGAAUACGAACUGAUCAAAAUGAGCAUUCAUCCUUGCAUUGAGUGUGAUGGUGAAGUUCAACCACGCCAACAAGCCCUAUAGUGCGACGAUUACGGUCGAUCAUAUGGCACUGCACUGAAAAACUGCCUAUUCUGAUCUGAUUCUGACAAGGGAAAUGAUGCUUUCAGACUACUACCGUGAUUAAAGUCACAAGCAUAAACAAUAGACCGUUAUCUUUGUUGUUAGGAACGAACAACGCUUUUAGAAUCGUUACUAAAACAUAUUUGUAUUCCGAGCAUACAAUCGAUUUCUGUGUAGUCAGUCUUCAUGGCAUUGUUAGAUACCAUGAAAGAGUUUCUCAAGCUUACGAAACGUCCGUGAGUAAGAAACGGUUACAUACAAAACGAAAAACGCUUCAUUUUGUUGUUGGAAACGAACACCGUUUCCCUUUGUUGUUAAGAACGAACAACGCUUUAAGAAUCUUCAUGGCGUUGUCGAAAACAAAGAGCGCUUUAGUGAUAAAAAUUUCUCAACGUUAUUGCCUAUUAACAGUCUGAAAUUCUAAUCUUUUUAAUAUUUGUUUCUUCGGGCGACUUGACUUUUUUUUUUCGGGCGACACAGCUAAAAUUUCGGGCAAAAUGACUCAGGUUUCGGGCGACAUGACUUCGGGCGGGAUGACUCUCGGGCGACUUGACUGUAAACCGUUGCAUCUAGUACUCUACAUACUGGUUUGUAAUUGUAUCAGUGUAUUUAUUAAAAUACUGGAAAAAAAGUGACUAUAAAGUUAAAAAAUAUGUAGACAUUCACAAACUUAUAGUUUGAAACUUUCAUGUAACACAUUUGGAAUAUUUUUUUACCUCUUACAUGGGAAAAUGUUUCUAUUUUUAGAAGACCUUAAGGUAUUACCUGAUGAAGCCGUCAAUGUUGCGUUUCGCGAUUGGAAUUCUAAUUGGACUGCAUAUAGGUAAGUUUGGUUGCAAGAUUUAUCAAGAACAGGAUGUGUUCCAUGAAAGACGGUAUCUUGUGACAGCGAUGCCAUCAAUUCAUUUCAAUUGUGCAAAUAGUUUUCGAGUUUAAAUUAAAGUUUUUUAUGGUCAAACAAUGCUAAGAAAUGGAAAACCGAAUAGUAUACUACUGCGUAUUGGAGAAGAAACGCGACACACGAUCUAAAUCUUUAAAAAUAUAUAUAUAUAAUUAAAAAGGUUCAGUUUCCAUAGAAACUGUAGCGCUACACUUGUGGGGUUAUAACAUGACAACUUGUCUUUAUCAAUUGAGUAAAAUAAAUUAAAUUAUUAUUUUCAUUUUCUAUCCGUUGGGAUGUUAAAAAAUUAAAUAUCUAUUUCGGAUCCGCUCCAUUACCAAUUUCAAGCCAUUUCACACAAAUGCAUUUAAUAUUCCCUUUUUUAGCGAAUCAUUGUGAAAUUGUACUCUUGACUGUUGGAAAUAAUGGUAACAAGAUAUACCGUGUGAUUGAUCUCAAAACUCUUUGUAAGGGACCGAUUGCUGGUUCAGCUGGUUCAAUAGCAAUACAAAUAUAUUGAAAAUGUUUGGCUCUGGCUAUAGUUCUGUUUAUCAUGACCUUUCAAUAGUCCUAUAGUGGUAAAAUUUAAUAUUGUACCAAGUGAUCUUAGUGGAAUAUGACUUUUGGGGUAUUUGAUGCACGACUACAUGUUGAACACAAUUUUCAGUGAAGGAUUUUUCUUUUGUGAUAUCAUCUGUAUGUCGACCAUUACCGCUAAGAAUAAACCUUAUGUUUCAUCUAUCAAAUCGGAUAUUUCUUCCCAAGCGAGUCACUCAAAUUGUAUUUUUCCUUCAGUUUACUGUGUGUAAAUAAAUGAUGAUCAGGAAUUGAGAGACCCUAGAACACUAGAGACGAAUCAUUUUGCAACAGAGAAGGAGUAAAUGAAAAAAAAAGGCCUGAAUCUGAAGAUUUAUUUCAACGGUGUUUCUCUACUAAAUUCAUUUUUCUCAGGCGAUAAAUAAAGGCCAGUCCCUUAAGGUGAUUAUCUUUUUAUUUCAUGAACGCGCUCAGUGCCGCGGCCUGGCGAAGACCACUUAUGAAGCAUUGAAACUUAUAAUAACAUGUUUGUUCAACGUUGUAUCUUUAGCAGGGUUUUGUAGAGGAGAAAACGUAUCAGUCUAUUACCGUGCAUCAGGAGUUAUUUUAAAUCACAACUUCACAAAAGAGUUUUUUACGAAAAAUUGCGAGCCGUGUCGAAUUCUUGCUGAUGACGUCAAAGCUGGGGUAAGUAAUGAUAAGCUGCUGAUUGUUCUUCCAGCUGCACAGAGUAAGAUUGAACUAAAAACAAUGAAUUUUCACUCCGAGGCUUAGCACUGUAUUACGCGUAAAGCAUUGUGAUUGGGAGAGAGUCAAAGUAAACAAAUUUACUUCCAACUUAACGUUCCAUUGUGUAAGUUGUCUCAAUGUGAGUGGUGCUUACACAGUAAGCAAAUUUCCUUGGAAUUUUAAACUCGUCAUUUUUCGCUUAGACCCCUAAUCCACGAAUUCUGCAAAAUCUUACUUUAAUUUCUUUUUUCGAAUGCUGUAUUGAUUACCUACUUAAUAAACAGUUUUCUUUCAAAAAUGUUGUCACCAAACACUAUAACCUUCUCGUUUCAGUUCUGGAAAAUGUUUGACUUUUUUACCAAAAUCAAACUGUUUGAAGAUUCUGUGCUUUUAAACAAGACAUCUAAAGGUAUUUUCUUCAGGUAAGACAAAUUACAAACUACGUUCCGUAAUAUAGUGAGUUCAGUUAGAAUCUGAAUUCCUGGAUGGAAUGAAUUACUGCCACUAAUACAAAAAUGUCUUUAAACGUUCUCUUCUCUCCUCUCCUGUAUGAGCUCAGGAAAAUAGCUGUAUGGAUCAAAUUCAGAUUGAUAAUUCUUAUGUCUCUUCUCAUCUUGAAAUUUUGAUUGUUCAGACUUCCUUCACUUGGUGAGCCGGCUAUUAAUACAACAGAGAAAGAAGUACUUCAACCAGACGAAAACAAAGAAGAAAGGUAAUAAAGUAUGUUAAUUGAUUCACUAGUUUCCUUUGAUGUUUUGAAAAGCAUGUGUUUAAUAACGCUAAGUUACCAAGUUAGGUUGUGGUUUUUCAUCAUUGCAAAUGACGAUUCUAAAACUAAUGCUUGUUUCACGACAUGAAUUAAUAAAUCAUUGUUUGUUUCACAAGCUUAGCACUUUGACCCCUGAAAGUGACUAGCAUCUAGUUUCUCCUCACAAUGUCACCCUUGAAUCAUGAGAAUAAAGAAAAUGAUCACCAACUUAAAAGCUCUUGAUUGUUAAAACAAAUGCCCCUCGUCAGUACCUUGGGAAAUAGAUAGAGAAAAGUGUGGAGAAUAUAGAUAUAUAUUUACAAGAUAACCUCAUAACCUGAAGAAGACCAGAAGUUUGCGGUCAAAAGAUCGCGAGACAAACGAUACUUCCUUAAAAUGCAUUUAAUAUUCAUAACCUGUCUCUUUUAGCGGGGUCUACUUCAUCAUAGUGAUACAACUGGAUGUAAACAUGACGGACCCAUCCAAAGAUUUUCCUUUACUUAAAAAACAAAUACGAAAUGCCUGUUGGCAGUACCUCAGAGGAGUAGUGCAUUUCCAACUGUAUCCCACAGUUUGGCUUAACAAAACAAGUUUCGUUUUCGAGGUGGGACAUCAUCUAUAUCAUUCUUUAAUUGACGUAAUUCUCAGAUAACGUUCACCUCUGACAUUUUAUCUUUGUUUAGAGCAUUCUGAAGGGUACCUAUUUAGGCAAGGCACAGUCUUAAAAUUAUUGAGAAGCAAAACUUAUUGCUCAUUUCUGGGCUAUAUGUUGACAAGAAAAUAUUUGUUCUUACCGCUUAGGAGCUCCCCGAAACCCAAGUGACGAACUAUCUGGAUCUUCUCAAGGCGAAAUAUAAUUUUGAAUCGCAGAUACUUUUGCGAAAAAGCGAUGACAUCCCAGAGAGUCACCAGAACGCGCUGUCAAUCAUUUCUUACGUUGGAUGUACUUUAUCUAUUUUGGGGCUGUUUUUCACGAUUUUAACCAUCACCCUCUCAAGGUAAAAAGGAUCAAGAGACUAUGAAUCAAAGAGAUUCCUGUUACAGACCUGCUUCCUUUUCAUUUGAUUUUAACCUCAAGAAAGGAUAACAUCCCCUUAAUGUCCUAAAUGAGCAUUGUUCUAAAAUAGCGAUUCCUGAGUUGGAAUGAGGCUUAAGGCUACUGUAAAAAGAAGCGCGAAGCCUGCACGGCGUUCAAGCACAUUUCUGAGAGUAUUAGUUGUUUGUAAGAAAAGGGGUCUUAAGUAAUCUGAUUGUAUUAAACAAACUCAGGCAGUUGAGUACAAGGACGUCCAUCCCCGAGAAAAGCUGUAACCAGACACGUGUCAAAUCACGAUAGUUUUUUUUUAUGUGUGUUUCGUAUCGCCAAUCAGUUGCUGACAAGUCACUAACCCUUUGCGCCAUUCUGUCGGGUUGACGUUUGAAUGGCAAAGCAUUCGCCAUUCUCAAUCCAAAGUCGUUCAUUAAUAAAGUUUCCUUUUCUUGUCAGUAAAGGCCCAUGGUGCUUAUAUGAUUAAAAAAAAAAUAAUGCAUGUUUUCCUUUAGAAUGUUCACUAUAUAGUUCCCUCAACCCUUAUUUCUCAUAACUUUCGAUCUUCUUCGACAGGAAGCUUCGUCGCCUUCGCCAAAACCAAAUACUAGCGUAUUUGUGUGUGUCCCUCCUGGCCGCCAUAUUGCUGUUUACAUUUGGUAUCAACGGCAUGACAGGCUCAGACUCACUGGACGUUUGUAAAGCCAUAGCAGCCCUUCUUCAUUAUUUCCUACUCUCCUCUAUUGUCUGGAUGAGUAUCGAGGCAUACAACAUGUAUCAAGACCUGGUCAAAGUGUUUGACACCACAUUUAUUUCACAAAACGAGUUCAUGUGCAGGGCGGGAGUGGUGGGAUGGAGUACGUAAACUUUGCUUUGUCAUAUUUAAUGAGCCAAAAUCUCGCAAACCCUUAGUAUAUGAACCCUUGAGGUAAAGAGAAACAAAGAAAAAGAAGAGGGAGACAAAGAGGUCGAAACGAUAUCAAUUAGGAACGUGAGGAAUAUAGAUGAGGUGAACCUGGUUUUUCUCUAUUAGAUUUCGAAGAGCGAUGACAGAAUUUUUUAGAUGAAAAGAAGGUUUCUGAAAGUCUAUAUCAGAUGUAAUCUGCAUUGCCAUUUUUAUUUUAGGUGAUUUUUUUAUUACCUUUGCCGUCUUCACAUUUGCAAAUAAUUUAAAGUUGUUGUUGUCCAAACUAAUAAUUUUUUUUUGUGAUAUAAACGCUUUAAUGGCGCUUAUUUAUUUGUACCAAAGAUUUUCAAUAAAUUCUUGCAUUUCAAAGGCCUUUUCUUUAUUAUUUUGUCUCUUUGCAGUUGUUCCUGCCAUGAUUGUGGUGAUAACUGUAUUGGCUGAACCUCAGUCCUACGGCUUCCACGUCAUGGACAAGAAUAACGAAACGCUGUAAGUGAAACAUUUAUAUCAGCAGACGAUUUAUAACCACAAUAUGAUGCGUGAUCACUGUGUCCAUGUAGUUUUGUAAGAAAGGAAAUACUUUGCCAAUUAUUUCACCAUUCCUAUCAAAAUAAAGCAAUGGUUUGGAAUUGAAAAAAAUACAUAUCCCGACAGAAUUAAAAGCUAUAGUUCACGAUAACAUCACGAUCGAAAGCAAGGCAAAUUAAGACCUGCGAUAUAUAAAUUCAAGGAAAAAACCUUUACAAACUCGUCUCUAAAUCAUAUUAGUUUAUAUUAGUUCAUAUUAAUUGAAAGCAACCAUAUGGAAUCAACGAGUUUGCUUGUCUCCAUUUCAGUUGCUGGAUGGACGCAGACGCAUUCUACGGCGCAUUCCUUGCCCCAGUCCUCCUCUUGAUGGCUGUCAACGCUUUCAUUUUCCUCGCAGUUAUGAAGGAAAUCUACAACAUCCCUCACAUGUGUGAGAAGAACAACCGUCUGUCGCACUUCCGUGCUACGGUGUCCGUGUUUUUCCUCCUCGGUCUCAACUGGUUAUUCGCCGGUUUAGCUGCCACUGUUGGAACAUUGGUGUUCCAUUACUUGUUCACGAUCACAUGUUCGUUUCAAGGUUUCGUCAUUUUCCUCCUACAUGGAAUCCUUAAAAAGGAUUUUCAGGAGGCUUGGCACGUGCUCACUGCGAAAAACCGCGUCAUGGAGAUGAUUCGCAGCAGCAGCUUUGCCACACCGAUGUCCAAGACCGUGAGCGUGUCGUCCCAGUCCACCACAUUUGGGGUAAACAAGCGUGCUAAUCCCAUCACGCUGAGUGGCUCAACAGUCGGGGAGUCUGGGAUUCAAUUUCAAGUUAAUACCAGUGUAAUUAUCUCGUCUUAG